UUUAUACGCCCCACCCACCAAAGUAAGUCGGUCCAUUGAUUGAAUGUUGGUCGACCCGAAGAGAAGAGUUGUGUGCAGGUUCUCAUGGAUCGUUGGACAGGAAUGUUGAAGGUGCCUUUGUGCAACACAUAUUAUCGAGUUGGUGCUUCUCUUUCCCUUUCUCGUUGUUCCAAAUCUCUCUCUGUGCCUGUUGCAAAUGCUAUUUUUUUCAAUGGAGAUAAGAUUGAAGCGACAGGAAAUCCAGUGAUUGAGAGGCUAUCUGACCUACAGAAAAUUGCUGAAAUCUUGGUUUCAAAAUUUGGGAAUUCUGUCAAUGCUUGGGUUGUUGAGGCACCUCUCUUCAAUGGACCUUUUGCGGUUUAUAAGGACUUUAUACCUUCUGUCAAUGAAUAUGGAGAGCCAAAAACUUAUGAUGCAGAUGGUUUCCCUGCUUCUUCCUCCAUUGUCUUGCUUUUGUGGAAUUGCCUGAAAGAGGCAAAAAGUAUCAUUUCAGGGAAACAAAAAGAGCCCUAUCAGGCUGAAGUUUCUACAUCAUCGUCAGGUACACCAAGAACAUUGCUACUUGGAUUUAGUAAGGGUGGUACUGUACUCAACCAGCUGGUUACUGAGCUUGGUUUUGCACCAGCCCAGCUCACAGAAGACGUGUCACUAGCAAAUAAGAAUUUCACAAAUGGAGGAUUUUCCUCCCAGCCACAAGAUCAGAUCAUUCCAAAUUCUAAAGAUGGUUUCUUAAAUAGCAUAGCUGAGUUCCAUUACGUAGAUGUUGGUCUAAACACAGAGGGAGCAUAUGUAACCAACCAAGAUGUCAUUCAUAAAAUUUCUGAGCGUCUCGUCCAAGGAGCCCCUGGAAUUCGUUUUUUCCUUCAUGGAACUCCUAGACAAUGGUGUGAUCGUGACAGGAUUUGGAUCCGGAAGGAGAAAGAUGAGUUUUUUCAGCUGCUCAAAGAAGCAGCUCGGAAGAAUAUGGGGAAAUUGUAUAUACGUGAAAGAUUGUAUUUUGGUAAUAAGCUCCCUGAUCUCCAGAUACACUUUGAAAUCAUCGAGCAUUUGGACGUGAGCUGAGUUUUCUUCUUGAUAUGUAUAAACCUAUUGUCAACCUCCCGGGAACUAGUCCAAGUCAUUAAUACGAUUAUGGCCUUUUUGCUCUGUGAUUGUUAUAGUAUUUCGUAAGUGAUGUUGCAGUUCAA